GCGGGGCGGCGGCGGAGUCCGGCGGCCGAGAUAGCGAGCGAGGGAGCGAAAGAGCAGCGACCCGAGGGUCCAGGGAGCGAGGAGGAGCCGGAGGGGAGUGCUCGGGCGCGAGCGAGAAGACGCGCGAGCGCCGGGCUAGGGCUCGAGCCCCGGAACGGCUGAGGAGCCCGCCCGUGGCCCUCCCCUCCCCCUCCCCGGGACCGGGCCCAGCGCGCCAUCCUCCCCCUCCCUCCCUCCCUCCUCCCUCCCUUCCCUCUCCCUCCCCCUUCCCCGCCGGUGGAUGGGAGUGAAGGACGGAAGAGGCCCUGCGGAGGCGGCGGUGCAGCGCUCCGGUGGAAUGAACGUUACUUGUUGACUAUUUCCUGGUUGCUGAUUCGAUUCACUUGAUAAAGAAUCAUUUUCCUCUCUGUGGCUGCCACUUAGUGGCAUAUUUAAUUGAAAUCCAGGGAUCACAAAACUUUCGAUUUUUCUGGAGGGACAUACCACUAUAUCAAAUAAGUUUGAUAUUGCAGCCAAAAUGGUGCUGUCCCAGAGACAACGAGAUGAACUAAAUCGAGCUAUAGCAGAUUAUCUUCGUUCAAAUGGCUAAGAAGAGGCAUAUUCUGUUUUUAAAAAGGAAGCUGAAUUAGAUAUGAAUGAAGAAUUAGAUAAAAAGUAUGCUGGUCUUUUGGAAAAAAAAUGGACAUCUGUUAUUAGAUUACAAAAAAAGGUUAUGGAAUUAGAAUCAAAACUAAAUGAAGCAAAAGAAGAAUUUACGUCGGGUGGUCCUCUUGGUCAGAAACGAGACCCAAAAGAAUGGAUUCCCCGUCCACCCGAGAAAUAUGCGUUGAGUGGUCAUAGGAGUCCAGUCACUCGAGUUAUUUUCCAUCCUGUGUUCAGUGUUAUGGUCUCUGCUUCAGAAGAUGCUACAAUUAAGGUGUGGGACUAUGAGACUGGAGAUUUUGAACGAACUCUCAAGGGGCACACAGACUCUGUACAGGACAUUUCCUUUGACCACAGUGGCAAGCUUCUGGCUUCCUGUUCUGCAGACAUGACAAUUAAACUAUGGGAUUUUCAGGGCUUUGAAUGCAUUAAAACCAUGCAUGGCCAUGACCACAAUGUCUCUUCAGUAGCCAUCAUGCCUAAUGGAGAUCAUAUAGUGUCUGCCUCAAGGGAUAAAAGUAUAAAAAUGUGGGAAGUGCAAACUGGCUACUGUGUGAAGACAUUUACAGGACACAGAGAAUGGGUACGUAUGGUGCGGCCAAAUCAAGAUGGCACUCUGAUAGCCAGCUGUUCCAAUGACCAGACUGUGCGUGUAUGGGUUGUAGCAACAAAGGAAUGCAAGGCAGAGCUCCGAGAACAUGAACAUGUGGUAGAAUGCAUUUCCUGGGCUCCAGAAAGUUCAUAUUCUUCCAUCUCUGAAGCAACAGGAUCUGAGGUACUGUCUGAUUUACAUGUCUUUAGUCAAAUACCUUUUGUCUUUAAGGUGGGUCAUGAUAAUUGGGUACGUGGAGUUCUGUUCCAUUCUGGGGGGAAGUUUAUUUUGAGUUGUGCUGAUGACAAGACUCUCCGUGUAUGGGAUUACAAGAACAAGCGAUGCAUGAAGACCCUCAAUGCGCAUGAACACUUUGUUACCUCCUUGGAUUUCCACAAGACGGCACCCUAUGUGGUUACUGGCAGUGUAGAUCAAACAGUAAAGGUGUGGGAGUGCCGUUGAUUGAGUCUCAUUUGGUUCUUCCUCCCUUUUUUUCCUCUGGAUGCACUCUGAUGAUACAAUGGUUACCCCAUUUGAGCGCUGUUUAAAUAAAUAUUGUCCUUUCAUGUAAAUUAUUCUGGAUGUAGAUUGAGCUUAUUAAAUGUUACACACAAAGUAUUCAUGCAUGGUGAAUCCAAAUUGUAUACUGUAAAUUACAUAUGUUGUCUAGAAGUACCAUAGGGUUUAAAAACCUGGGCUGGCAUUGGUCACACCAGGCCUACAAGGGCAGAAGUUGAAUAAAUUGAACUAGGGCACUAAACUGAAUAGUUGACAGUGUCGUUUUAUGUUGGAUUAUUAAUUAUUGUUUUUCUUCCUGCUAUCUGUUGGUGCCUGACUUGAUGGCCUCAUUUUGGGAAAAGUUGUGGUUAUUAGGGCUUUUUCUGAAAUGUGUAUCUAUGUAACAUCACUUAAGUGUGCUUAAUAAAUCUUUAAGGGUGUUAGAUAAAUAAGACUACAAUUCAGAAUCUUUUGCUCCAUCUGUGUAAUUAAUGGGGAUUACACAUUGAAGUUUUUGUCAUGACCCCUUUGCCAAAUCAAUAGGAUAUGUUUGUUUUGGCAGCCUAUCAAGCAAAGGCUAGUGGUAUAUUUAUGUAAGAAAAUGAUCGUAACUCUCAAGAAAAAUCUCAGCAGCUAAUAAUAGUGAAUCCUUUUUUCAUUUGGGUCUUACUGCUUUGUAAACAGGUCAGGAGAACACUGUCCUACUCUAAGCUUCUCUCCACACCAGACAUGCUUUGAGUUGUAUUCUCCGUACUGUUGGACUGUGUAGUCAUGUGACUCCCCAGUAAAAUUUGAUCUUCCCAUUGAGUGUCAUGGUACAGAUAAGUCACUGUGUUUAUGAUGUUUUUAGGGGUGUGCAAUGUGCAUUUCAGAAUAACAAAUGCUGAAAAACUUGCAUGCCUAUUUUAAAGGAGGAGGAACAACGGCAGUUUUCAACAUGAACCUGAACUGCUUCACUUAAAGUUAUAGAAAGUGGCAGGGUUUAAUGAAGCAUGCAUAGAAAUCAACUGGGGUUUUCAUCUUUGUUUAUAUGUAAAUGUUUAAGUAUAUGGACCUAUCUGUAAGUGGAUAUGUCUAUAUAUGUAUAUCACACAUACAACCUCCAUGUUGUUGGGUCUUGAAUUUUUGAAGUGCUAAAUCAUAUGAGUAGAGUAAAUCUUGCUGUGGAUUACCAACCACAGCCAUGCUUUUGAUGCUUCUGGCUCUGAGGGGCUUUUCCAAACUAAAAGAAAGCCACCUUCUUUAUUCUCCACUCUAAUGUGGCCAUUCACCGUUUUAUACAUCCCUGAUAUGUUGUAUAUUUUGAUCCAAAGUUACUACAGUAGGGUUAAGAGAAUUUUGCCCAUGACGUUUGGAACACUAUUCCAUUAUCGGUUGUUAAUAAAGAAUUCCAUUGCCUAGUUAACCAACCUUUUCUUCUUAAGAAAAUCAGUUUCAAAAGUUAACAGAAACAAGGAAAUAACAGUGACAGUUUAACAAUAAUUUUUAUUCAUUUUUGUAAUAUAUGAUUUUUUUAAAUGUCCCUUUAAGUAUUUAAAGGAAAUUAGAUUCCUGAAAGGACAAAAGAUGAGAGUUAAUGUACUGUAGAUAUACGCAGAGGUUAGAUAACUAGGAGCAGCUUAAUGUCUAGCAUGUGUCCUUGUUCAUCCACUUGUUUGCUCUUAAUACAGUCCUCAGACAUGUCUCUAGAAAGGAAAAGUGUUUUCAGAAUUAAAUGGCUAUUUUUGAGGACAAAAACUCAAUCUUGAUUCCGCAAACACUGUAGGUUUGUUUUAAGGGCAACAUUGCCUCACACCCCUGCUUACAUUGAAGUCUUUUUUUCCCUUAGCUGUUCCGACUGGAUUUUUCUCCAAAAGCUAUGGAAAAUAUCUUUGUUCUCAUUUGCUGCUAUUUCUUGUCCUAUUUCAAGAAUAUAAAUACAUAGAAAUGGUGCAUCUUAACAUUUGUUUGUGUUUAAAUGUCUUGUCUUUUAAUUCAGUUUUAGCAUGUAGCAACAUAAAUUGUUUAAGGGUAAGCCACAACAUCUAGACAUCAUUUAUAGAAACAGUAAAGAAUGGUACCAAUGUAGAGGAGCAGAGCUGCUGUUCUGGGUUUCUUCCCCUGCAGCGGUGACUCACUGACAAAGGAGGAGGGAGUGCUCUGUAACAAAGCUGUCCUUACUUGGGAGAUCACCACAGCCUGCUGCUUAGCUGAGUUAUUAGACAUCUUCCACUUAAGCAGCAGCGAACAAUGAAUCUCAGGGAUGGUCCACAGCUGGAUCCAAACAUAAGGAGCCCUGUUUGAGUAAUGAAGGGGGUGGGGGGAGGGGGCAACAUCCACAUCUGGCAUCAGAUUUGCAAAGGUUUCUUGCACUGUUGUUUGACACUGCCCUGUUGAUGCCCUUACUUUUAUGUUACUGUUUUCUCUGCUGUCUACUCCUGUGCCUUGCCUGGGAUAAGGACAAUGAUAAAAUUACUGGUUUGGGUUAUAAGUAGAGGACUUUAUGAAUUAGUUAGCGGUUCACUGCUGCUUUGUUACUUUCUCAGUCAGGUUGGCCACUUACUAAGAAACAAAAAGCCGGUAGAAUUGUGUCCUAGGAUGAUUGUUGACUGUGUGUGUAAACAGACAUUCCAGUGCCACCUAUAGCACAGCGUGCCCAAAAGUCCCAACCGCAUGGAGAGUGCAAGCUGCAGAAGUUUGUGUAGACAUGGCCUGGAGAAUAGUUGCUUUUGACUUGGCAUCUUGCACUUUAGGAAACCAAGACCGUCCUGUCUGCAUGUGGUGUGACCAAUGGUGUGCCUAGAGCAUUACCCACAAUUGCUAGUGUUAGCAAUCCGUCCUGGGCCAUGGCACACUGUAGUCCUUUGGAAGCUUUGACUAUAGGCUCACCAAGCCCAGUAUCCUGUUUGCCUCUUUCUGUUUCCAUGUGAAUUUCCAGAUAAUACCACUCAAUAAAAAGUUUAUUUUUUUUGUUUUUUUUUUUUUUAAUUUAAAGAAAAAUUAUUUAAAAAUAAGGACAUUUUGUUUGUUGGCAGUGGUGGCUUGAUAAUCCUUAAGCAACUGAAGUUGAACUAGAAGGAAAAGGCACUUAAAAUGGUUACUCCUGCUGUCCAGCUGUAUAUAAAUAAAGUCAAUGUGUUGGUUAAUCUAGAUGGUGCAAAGAAUGUCCUGGUAGACAAGCAACAUGGGCAAAAUUGGAAGAAAGGUUUUGGGUUUUUCCAGUGGGCUGGGUGGGGUGGGCUGGGGACGCUGGACUCACAAGUCACAACUGGAACUGGCCUUUUAUCCUUCCACUGUAUCAUGUAAGUAGCUGCUUUCUCGCCUGCCUAUCCUUCAGGCUCCCCAAAGCUCACUCUGAAGAUGUUAGAAAUAAACACAAACUCUACAAGGUAGAAGUUGAUCCUGACACUGACAUGAAGGCAAGCGCUGAUUUCAUAUGAACGUUGCGGAGGUGGUAAUCGGAGGAAACAGUUCCCCAGAUUGUAAGAGUUCACUGAAGAUAUCGACACAAUUUUAAAAAUCAGUAAAGGAAUGUAUAUAAUAUUGCUCUUGUGUUUUACAGUAAGAUUUGUUGCUCUCAGACUGUGUAAAACAAAAUUUAUUCAUGUUUUCUGCAUAUUAAAAAUCUUAUUGUACCAAUUGGUAAACUAUUAAAUGCCUAUAAAACUAGA